UCUACAUCAUACUCAAAGUUAACUCAAAGGUGAACAACCCCUUUAAUAUUAUAUAGAUCUUAUGCCCCAAAAAAGUCUAAACUCUCUCAUUCGUCUUUCAAACACUUUUUGGCCCUUGAGUAUAACCAACCCUGAACCAAUAAAGUCUACGGGAGUAAUGUCAUAAAUGGUCUUAAGUUUGCUACUUGUCUUGUAACCCCUAGCAACCAAUCAGCAGGUAGCGAGUACUGGUUAACUCUUCGAAAACAAACAUCUGUUGGGUUGCUGUGUGUUACUAGAUGUGGGCAAACGUAAGAUUUUAUUACAUUACCCCAAUCUUCUGCAGGUUUCUCCAGGGUUUUAGCUUAAGUUGCCCUCUAGUUAUUUGAUCUCAUGGACUUUUUUUUUUUUUUUUUUAAAUACCUUCCCUCUUGUUUCCAUGGUGACUGUUUCCAAGUUGGCUGGUUUCGGAUGGUUGCCAUGGUAACCAUCCUUGAGAAAUCUGUAGUGUCUCCGCCACAUUUUCUUUUCAUCAAUGAUUUAAAUGCCGGGUUUGUAAUGAGGAUCGGUGUGACCGUGACAUAUUGUGAGAAUUCAUGAUUCAGGUUCCGGCAUUGUGUAUGCGCUGGGGUAGCUCCUCUCCUUAGGAUUUACCCCCCCUAAAUACGUUUGUUAGCUUCUAUGCAAAUCUUACUAAUCCCUUAUUACACAACCUUGAUCCAUCCAGUAUGUGAUGUGGAGUUCCCGAUUCGCCGUGCCUGUAAUUCCCCAUAGUAGCAUCCUUCUCUUCAGCAGCCGAUUGCUAGCCCUGCGCAUGUUGCUUUUUCUGCACCGUUCUGUUCUGGCGAUUGUUUACAGGUUAUGACGACUAAUCCCAAACCAAACAAGGCAUUAAAGGUCAAGAAGGAGGCGGGAGAAAACGCCCCAGUUUUAAGUGAUGAUGAGCUUGUGUCAAUGUCUGUGCGGGAGCUAAACCAGCACCUCCGAGGUCUCACCAAAGAAGAAAUCAUCCGCCUUAAGCAGCGCAGGCGUACACUCAAAAACCGAGGCUACGCCGCCAGCUGCAGAGUUAAGCGGGUCACCCAGAAAGAGGAGCUGGAGAGGCAACGCAUAGAGUUGCAACAAGAAGUAGACAAGCUGGCACGGGAAAAUUCCAGCAUGAAACUAGAGUUAGAUGCUCUACGCUCCAAAUACGAAGCUCUCCAGACGUUCGCUCGCACAGUCGCCAGGGGCCCCAUAACCCCUACUAAGGUGGCCACCACGAGUGUAAUCACCAUUGUGAAAUCAGCCAAAAUUUCUACGGCAUCCAUACCUUUUUCUGCAGCAUCCUAGUGCCCAUGGGAGGAGAGAACUAGCCCCCGUUCUAAAAGGGACAUUAUGGGAUUCACCUUCAUUUUUUUUUCUCCGUUCCUUUCCUUCGCAUUCAAAUGUUAGCUGUUGCCUUUUAUUCCAUUGUCCAUGCCAAUGUGAUUUAUAGAGGCAAGAAACAUGACCAGAGCUCCAUGGUCCUGUUGUGAUUGCACCUGGGAAUUUGACACUCUUCACUGGAUAAGCUCCAUUUAAUUUAUUGGAAACGUGAUAGAAUUAAGUUACCUGUUCCCAUCUCAAUGAGCUCAAUAUGUAAUUUACAGUAAUGCUGUAAUCUCCAUAGGAAAUAACAAAAACAACAGAACCCCCUGCAAUCAAGUUUCCCUGUGUUGCAAAGGCUAACUUAAAUUCAGAAAGAGAUAUGUGUGCAGAUACAGUAUGGACUGAACCUGUUGUGUGUGUUUGGCUUUUGCUUUACCAAUGGUAUUUGGGCUAAACAACCAGUUCACAGCAAAAUUUGCAUUGGUUUCCUUUUGCCUUCUCAAAGUCAGGCAUUUCCCCUUCAGGUGGCCAAACACGGGCCAAUAAAAGCUGCCGACAGACCGAUCGGGGCUUCCACGAUCGAGAUCUGGCCGAAAGUCG